AUGUUUGGUAUCAUUGCAGAUUUGUUAUCAUCGGUCAUCACGAUCCUCUUCCCUAUAUUUGCCUCGUAUAAAGCUCUGCGCUCUUCCGACCCCUCUCAACUGGCACCAUGGCUGAUGUACUGGGUGGUUUUGUCCGCUGUGCUGAUGGCUGAGUCCUGGACAGUGUUCAUCCUCGGAUGGGUGCCGUUUUACAGCUGGAUCCGCCUCUUUUUCUUCUCCUACCUUGUCCUCCCCCAGACCCAGGGCGCAAUUAUCCUGUACCAGGAACAUGUCGAUCCUUUCCUUGCCCACCAUGAGCGAGAGAUUGAGGAAUUUAUUGGGCGUAGCCACGAGCGCGCCAAGGCUCUGGGGCUGCAUUAUUUCUACCAGGCCGUGGAUUACGUCCGGGAGAACAUCCUCGGCUGGCCGGCUCAGCGUCCGGCGGCUCCUCCUCCCCCGCCCCCAACCGGUCCUGCUGCCUACGCGCAGUCGCUUCUCUCGCGAUUCAACAUCCCCAUCGCUCCUGCAUCUGGCGGGCCAGCGGCCCCGUCCGCCCCCGCUGCCGCCGGCGCUCAAGAUUGGUUCUCUACCAUCAGUUCCGCCGUGGCAGCCGUGACCUCGGCCGGCAAGACCCCCGAAGCCCGUGGCGAGGAACUGUCUGCCAGCGGCAAUCUGCUGCCCCGUGAUAUCGCCUCCAUGUCCCGCGCCGACAAGGCGCAGUACAUCUCCCACCAACGCGACCUGCUGGAGGUGCUGCGCAGCGCCCUGGCGAAGGAGGAGCGUGAGCUGCACGGCAGCGAGACGGAUACGGACGACCUCGCGUACGGCGGUGCCCCGUUGCAUAAGAACCCGAGCGAGAACUCGUUCCACCACGUGGAGCACGAGGACCUCCACAGGAGCUCUCCGGAUCUGUCCGGCCGGACGGCCACCGGUACCUGGUCUUCGGGGUGGUUCAACGGCGAGUCGACUGAUAUGCGCAACCGCCAUCAUUAA